AUGGUGAUCGUUUUUUCGCAGCAGGUCAGUGAGGAUGACGAUUACCAAUUAUACUUUAGCAGGCAGGCCAUGGCCCUGCAGAGAGGGGGAAGUUUCCUGCUCACCCCUCACAGUACAGGNNNCUCAGUGUUAGUAAAAGGCGCUGUGGUGUCGGAUCAUGAGCUCUGCUCUGCCUUCGGACACAGAGUCCUCCGUGAUGGGGGGUCCAGUGUCGACGCUGCCAUCACUGCCGCCCUGUGUCUGGGUGUUGUGCAUCCACAUGUGUCAGGGGUUGGUGGAGGUGGUGUGAUGCUGGUUCAUGACAUCCGGAAGAAUAAAACCAGGGUGAUUGAUUUCCAGGGAUCUGCACCUAAAACCCUGAAAGAGGAGAUGCUGCAACAUGUUUCAGAAGUAAAGGCCGGUCUGCAGGUGGGGGUGCCAGGAAUGCUCAGAGGGUUACACCACGCUCACAGCUUGUACGGGAGUCUGCAAUGGGAGGAUGUGGUCGCCAGAGCUGCUGCUGUGGCCAAAGAAGGUUUCAAUGUGUCUUUCAGUCUUGCUGAGGCUAUAUCAAAGGUAAAAGGUCAGAGGGUGUCACAACGUUUCAGGGACUUGUUCUUCCCCGAUGGCCAAGCUCUGCGUCCUGGUUCAUUUCUGAUGAUGUCCAGUCUGGCUGGAGUUCUAGAGGCUGGUCUGUCUAACUUCUAUGAUGGAAACGUCUCAAAAGAGAUAGAGGAUGAGGUGCGAGCUAAUGGAGGGGUCCUGAGCAGAGAGGACAUUAGUGCUUACAGCGUACAAGUUGAGCAGCCACGGGAAGGCCUGUACAAUGAAUUCAUUAUUCAAGUUCCUCCUCAACCUGCUGGUGCAGCGUUGAUAUCAGCACUCAACAUUUUGGAGGGCCUCCACCUCAACGAGAACAAUAACACUGAAAAUCAAACGCACCACUGGGUUGCUGAGGCUCUGAAAGAAGCUUUGGCCAGUGGUUUGGGAGACCCUAAAUAUAACUCUUCAGUGACUCAGCUGCUGUCUGACAUGCUGAGUAAGAAUCAAGCAGAGGUGCUUCACCAUAGGAUCAAUUCAUCCCAUACCUCUGCCCCCGACUCCAUCCCCUCCCUGCAGACAGAGCGAAUGGCUGGACAAGUUGCAGUCAUGGGACCCGACGACCUGAUGGUGACGGUCACAAGUUCUUUGAGCACGCCAUUCGGGAGCAGAAUCGUCACAGCGUCAGGCGUUAUUCUCAACAGCCUCAUGCUCAAUUCCUCCUGGACAUAUGAAGCCCGCGGGCAACUCUCAAAGAACCAGCUAUGA